AUGAGCACCUUCCGACGCGUUGCCUCGUUUUCCGACGCAUACCAGGCUAAAUUCGCUUACCGGUCCUCGAACUUCGCGAGAAUUUCACAGCCUCGCUUUUAUUUUCGGUCGUCGGGGACUCAUUUGCCAGCACUCUCUACGGAAGACGAAGGGUUUCUACGGCAAGCCAUAGAGUGUGCUAAAGAGGGACUCGGCCACACCUUUCCAAAUCCUGCCGUCGGUUGUGUACUGGUUAACCAGGAAGACGGAACGGUUCUCGGCAAGGGAUUCCAUCCCCGUGCUGGGUAUCCACAUGCCGAGGUCUUUGCCUUAUUACAGGCUGCCGGUCACCUGGAAGACGGCGUAGCCGCUGGGCAAGCUGUCGUCAAAAAGCAAAACGAACAAGGAGCAAUCUUGAACGAAGUUCUGAGACUUUCGCAACAAUACACGACCGACGACGGUCCCGAACAAUUGUUCGAAGACACCCUGGCCAAGUCCAACGUGACGGCGUACGUCACGUUGGAGCCCUGUAGUCACUACGGCAAGACACCUCCUUGCGCGGUGACACUGGCCCUGGCACAAGCGAGUCGGGUUGUGGUGGGUUUUCGCGAUCCCAACCCGAAGGUGGACGGUGGCGGCGUGAAACUACUGCGAGAAGUGGGAGUGGCAGUCGAUAUGGCGGAAGGUGCUCUCAGCGAAGCUUGCGCCGAACUAGUGACCAAUUUCGUCAAGCGCAUUACACCUCGAGACGAGACCAUGAUAAAUGGUUCGAAACGGCGUGCGCUUCGGGCUUUGUCCAACCGGAAAAAAUCAGAAGGAACGCUUGCGGAAAUGUCGUGGACCGGACGAGCCGCACCGCGGAGUGAGAGUGCGGAGGUACGGGAUUCUGAGAGUGAUUUAGUCUUACAACCCGAAUGGAUGGAAGCCUUGGACGAUAUCUUGUGGAAAGAGGAGCUGAUUUGCAUUAGACUCAACAAGGCAGUAAAGAAAAAGAAAGAAGCCAAAGUCCUGGGCACAAGGAUUGCAGCGGAACUAACUGCUCAUGUUGCGCAGACCGUUGGCCACACGGUGCUAUUAUACCGGCCGGGUAUUCCUGCAACACUGGACUUGGACCAACUGGUAGCUUCGAUGAAAGGCAACGACGACAACGACAAAGACGACGACAAUGAAGAAGAAGAAUAA